AUGGACUAUGCCCCGUUGCCCAUUGCCCUGUUCAUUGCCAAUUUGUCUGACCUUCGGAUUGUGCUCCUGGGAAAGAGUGGAAUGGGGAAGAGCUCGUGUGGGAACACCAUCCUGGGAAGAGAUGCAUUUCAGACUCGCUCAUCUUCAGCCUCUGCUCCUGUGACCCAACAGUGUGACAUGGCUACAGGCAGAAACCGAGGCAGAGGCAAGCGUCUGCUUGUCACAGAUACUCCAGACCUGUUUGAUUCCCAGCUCACCUACGACCAAGUCCGUAAACAAAUCACAGACAUUAAGCACUUAACUUCUCCCGGUCCUCAUGUACUACUGCUAGUUAUUCAACCAAGUAGACUGGGAAUUGAGGGUGUGGUACUGAAAAUGAUAGAGGAAGCUUUUGGUGACAGAGCUUUAGCCUUCACAAUGGCCAUUUUCACACAUGUUGAUAAUGAGGCGGAACGUACCUUUAUUGAUCUACCCGUCAGCAAAAACUUACUAGGGCUCCUCAGUAACAGAUAUCAUUUGCUAAACAACACAGACAAAGAUGACCGCCGUCAGGUCAAUAGCCUCUUAGAUAAGAUUAACAAGAUGGUAGAGGAGAAUGCAUGCCUCUGCAACCCUAAAACUGGGACUGAAUAUGAUAGCUUGGCUAGUCAUGUUUCAAAAUAUGUCUCUAUCACAAGACCUGAUCCAGUGGGAGAGAGCAUGUGUCAGAAGGGUGAUAGGCCACACUCUGAACAGGAAGCACCCAAGCCAAGAUUGACGCCGAAGCCCGGGGACCAAGUGUCUACAGCACAGGGGAAGGCACAGCCAGAGGGGUUGACUCACAGGGAAAACACUGGGAAUGUUGUGAAGGAGAGUGUGCGGCUCGUCCUACUCGGGAAGACAGGAGUGGGGAAAAGUGCUACAGGGAACACCAUUCUCGGUAGGAGGGAAUUUCAGUCUUCAAGUAUGCAGCAAUCUGCCACAAUCAACUGUGAGAAGAAAAGCACAGUGAUUGGUGCGAGAGAGGUAGAGGUUAUUGACACCCCUGGACUGUUCAAUAGCGCUGUAACACCCGAGAAGGCUUGCGAAGAAAUUGGAAAAUGCAUUAGUUUUGCAUCGCCUGGGCCCCAUGUGUUCCUGCUGCUGCUCUCUGUGGGACGCUUCACCCAAGAGGAGAGAGAGGCGGUGAAGAUGAUCCAGGAGAUAUUUGGAGAGGAAGCCAACAAGUACACCAUUGUGGGCUUCACCAGAGGAGAUAAUCUAGAUGAUGGAGAUAUUGAGGGGUACAUCCAGAAAGGCAAUGCCAAGUUAAGAGAACUUAUUCAAGAUUGUGGUGGCAGAUAUCACAUUUUCAACAACAAAGACAUAAACAAUGAACACCAAGUCAGCUCUCUGCUAGAGAAGAUUGAUAAGAUGAUUCAUCAAAAUGGAGGAGGGUUUUAUACAACCAGGUUCUAUGAGAAUAUAGAAAGAAAAAUCAAAACUAGGGAGAACAGUCUCAGGGAAAUGUCUCAGCAACCACUAUUACAGCAAAGUACAACACAUUCAGAAAUAAAUGACCAAAACCUUCACACAAGUAAAAAAAAUGAAAAUAAAGACGUAUCCAGUUUUGAGAAAAGUGUUACAGACAAGGAAGGUAUGAAGAUAUAUGUAACACCAGAUGGUUUGGUCAUAAGAUUUGAGGCUGAGAUGGCUCAGGCAGUGGAAACAGCAAGAGUAGUUGAAGAAAAAAUAAAAUCAGGGAAUGCCAAAAAGACAAAAAUCUUCUGCAAAAUAGCAUAG